GAGAGAUAGAGAGAGAGAGAGAGAGACCAUACUAACUGUGUAGUAUAAACUGAAGCCUGUAUCUGUCUCAGUGUUAUUUUAAACUGGCUGAUCUACACGGAUCUACUUCUCUCUUUCUCUACAGCUCAGCUGAUCAGUAACGGGUAGUCAGUUGUCAGCUACUGGAUACAGGACCUCAGUAUAUUACAGGACCUCCACAUACUACAUCUACAGGACCUCAGCCGGUGGGAACACUCUGAACUUGAGACUGUUUUGAGGAUUUGUCUGAAUGUUUUACUGGACUUUCAUCAGAGAUUUUCAACAGUAAAACCCAGUAACCCCCUCACUGAAGACCCAUACCGGCGUUAGCAGUGUGCUGAUUCCCGUGUUUAAGGUGUUUUAGCGCUUUACUGUCUGUAUUCACUGAGCAGAAGCUAACAGGCUAACUUCACUGAGGGGAGAACCUCGCCACAGACAGACAGACGGACACCGGCAGCUCAGUUCCUCUCUGUGGAGAAAGGAUUUCAGGAGAUUUCUGCUCUAAGAAUGACUGAUAAAACCUAUUCGUCGCUGGAUGAAACGUCCCUCCGGAAUUUGCUGGAUGGCACUGUGGAUAUGGUGGAACGUCGCCUCAUCCGGACAGCUAUUCGGGAGCUGCGCCGGCGAGAGAUUGAGGACAUGGAGGCUGCGCUGACCAAUAAACGCUUCAGACGUGCUCAAGAAAACAGACAUGAAGAUAAAGAAAAUCAGCUCCGGCCUGAUUUGACUGCAUCAUUAGAUUUGCUUUCCCGGAAGCUUCAGGACAUUCAGGACAUUGAUGAGCUUUCUGCAAUGCUGCGUGGUACCACAGAGUAUGAGGAGAGGAAGCUUAUACGAGCAGCCAUUCGCCGACUGAGAGAUGAGGAGAUUCAGGGUGCAUUAGAGAAGAUACAGUUAACUGGACGACAUUUGGAGCAACAACCACGUCCACAGAUAAGCCUGGACUUGGAGGAAACACAGAAAGAAGGUGUGGACAAAACAGAACGCAUUGAGACAUUUCACAGCCAAACUCAGAGCAAAGACGUACUGAGAACAGGUUCCAGCUCUGACAUGGUGUUAGUAUUAGACCCGCUGGUCAGAGAGAAGGUGUCAUGCCCUUUGACCCUUCGUGCUGAGCGUGACUCUGGCUCACCCUCCUCUGAAGUCAUUCCCUCUUACCGGAGCCGCUCUGAUUCUGGGGAGUCCAACAGGAGCCAGGAUGCCUCACAGCGCAGACGGCUGGAUUCAGGUGCUUCAGAUCGCAGUCGUGUCUGCUCAAGGUCCAGGUCUGAGUCAGAUACAUCUGAGCAAAGUGCACCAGCUUCAGGAUGGGCUGUGGGGGUCGAGCAAGGAGUGGGUGCAUCCUCACUAAACACGGAUAUGGAAGCUGAGGCCAACAGCCACGAGCCGAGUAAGACUGUUGACCCGUGCUCCACCACAGCUGCUGGUGUGGAUGCUCCUGAUGGGGCUGUAAACUCUAAGAAGAUGUUAAAUGGCACCAGCUGUACACCAAAGGACAGCCCUUUUCAGCAGAAGGUUGCGUCACGCUCAGAAGCUUUGUAUUCUCUGAAGAAAGAUGCAGUAUUUACAACCAAAACCUCCCCCUCCCAGCCGAUCAACCGAGCCAGUUCAGUUCGUGACCGAGUGCGCAGAUUUGCAGAACCUGCAGCGAUCUCUAGCCCCACUAAGGAUGUGCAAAAAAACACUCAAGGAGGACCCUUCUAUACAAAGACAUUUGGCACAGCGACAGCCACUUCAGCCCACUCUGAGAGUCAAGAUGCAUCUACAUCCCGUCCUUCAUCCUGUCUGACCACCACUCCAGGCGGAGGGGGAAACCUCGGCAAAGGCCUGCCUGCCCAAUCGGAGACUCUGUACAGCGUCCAAUCGUUAGGAGCGGUGGGCGGGCUGCACAACUCCUCUGAAAAUGUCAGGAGUGCAUCCUACGUCUUAGAAGAGGAACAGACUCCUGAGGGAAAAGCACCUACCAGGACACCGGACCCCCAGGGAGAUCCCGAAUCCAACAUGAAGACUUUCCUCACAAUUGAGAUCAAGGACAGCAGGACCAUCGCUCCUCAAGCAUCUGCAUCUUCCUCCUCCGCAACGACCAGCAUGAUGCCCCGACUCAUAACUGGUUCCUCUGGACAGAGGACAGAGCUGAAACUUGGUCUGAGGCCGACACCAUUCAAGAUCACCAGCUCCAGCCUCAUGAAGGGACCCUCCAUUAAGAUGGACACGGAGCCUGGCUUUACAAUCGAACCUCCCGUCCAGACAGCCAGUGAAGCCCCAGCUGUCCCUAAUGGCUCAUCAGUGGCCCAAGUGAAAAGUGAGGUGCGCAGCAGCAGAGCGCUCACGUCUGAGCAGCUGGAGGCCAUAGAGGAUGAGGAGCUCCUGGACAGAAUGCUCGAUGAUUCCAAAGAUUUUGAAGAGCGGAAAAUGAUCAGGGCUGCUAUGAGAGAACUCCGAAAGAAAAAGAGAGAAGCCAGGUUGGGCUGUUCUCAGGAGGAGCUAGACCAAAGAGAGAAGGAGCGUGAGGUGCGUCUGCUAGAGCUGAGGCAGCAGAGAGAGGAGAGGAGCCAGAAGGCUCGAGGAGGUCCGGGAGCUGGGGAGGUAGUGAUGAAGAAGAUUGAGAAGUCUGCAGAUGGCUCCACCAUCAGUGAAAUCACAAAAACCAACCGUUUCGCCCAGUCAGAUGAUGGCAGCAGGGUGUCCCGUAGCACGAUCAUGGAAAGCACCUACACACAGAAGUCUGACAGAGGGACCAUGCAAACUAAAUCUUAUAGCUACUCCUCUUCUUCCUCCAGUUCCUCCAAGAAGGUUGGAAGCGUGUUUGAUCGCGAGGACGACACCUCGCGCAGUGGAGGCACCAUGGCUGCGCUGGAGCGCAGGCAGGCUGAGCGCAAGAAGGAGCUCAUGAGGGCUCAAACGCUUCCCAAGACCUCAACCUCUCAGGCCAGAAAAGCCAUGAUUGAAAAGCUGGAGAAGGACGGUGGAAGUUCGCCAGCUGUCCAGAUAAACAAGGUCCAGCGCUCCACUAGCUUUGGUGUACCCAAUGCUAACUCCAUCAAACAGAUGCUGUUAGAUUGGUGCCGAGCGAAGACUCGUGACUAUGAGAAUGUGGACAUUCAGAACUUCUCCUCCAGCUGGAGUGAUGGAAUGGCGUUCUGUGCUCUGGUGCACAACUUUUUCCCAGAGGCCUUUGACUACGCUGCCCUCAGCCCCAGCAAUCGCAGACAAAACUUUGAGGUUGCCUUCAAAACAGCAGAGGCCUUUGCUAACUGUAUGCCCCUGUUGGAGGUGGAGGACAUGAUGAUUAUGGGCAAGAAGCCAGACUCCAAGUGUGUCUUCACCUACGUGCAGUCGCUGGUCAAUCACCUGCGUCGAUACGAGAUGACCUGUCGAGCCCACUCAGACCACUGACCGCUUUUCUGACUCUGGCACUCCUCUCAGGCACGGCGCGGACAUCCGAAGGCCCGUUCCACACUCCACACUGUGCUGAAAGAAAGAACUGUUCCCUUACUGCUUUACCUUCAGGGCUUGUAGUCUUUCCCCGGGUUUCCACUUUAUCUAGCCAGUGUGUACACCAGUGUCAGGGGACUCUAAUAAGCCAUAUUUCUGUACUUUAGGACAUACCCAUGUCCUAAUGUUUAAAAUAAAAGAAGCUGAUUCUAUUAAGAAAAAAAGCAGUAAGUUUAAUAUUAAAUCCCUAGAGUUCUAUGCCUAUUUUACUUCUCUCGUGCCAGUGGCAUAAAAGUGAAUUGAAGUGGACUGCCUAAAAAAAACUUUAAUGGUACUUUUUUGCAUCUUAGCGGAAGUCAGAUCUGCAUGCUUCACGUGUUUACUUGAAUUCAUUUUUUGUUUUAUUGUUUUUAAGCUUAUCUAUAAGGAACGAGUGACUGACUUUGGUAUGCGCACUGGUAUACAAAUAUAAUUUUCACUGCUUCUUCAUUUGACAGUUCAAACUCUUUUAACUGCAGCUGAACAUUUAACCACAUAUCUCUGUUUUAUUCACUGUCAACUGUUAAUUGGUACUCAGUUGUAAUGUAUAUUAUUGGCUUUCAAAAAGAAUGUACAGAGGAAAGACAUUGGCAUAGAAUUACAUGACCAUUCAUGCACAAGUCACAAUAGACAGUAUAGCUUAUGUAUUCCCCUAAUUUAUGGAUCAUUUUAAGUUUUUUUUUUUUAUAUAUAUAUAUAUUCAGUAUUUAACAACACUUUGAAGCUAUUGCUAUCUUUUGUUGCUGACAAAUGGGUCCUCUGUCAGAUAAGUUGUCACCCUGUUUAUAGGGUGUUUGUAAUUCUUUAGCAUUUAUUUAAAUUUUAGACUUAGAGCCUACUGACAGAACAGUCCAGUAUUUUGAGCUGAAAUUAUGUACAAGAUUUUAAAGGAUUAUAUUUAUAUAUUUAGGACUUGAUCUAGUUUGUGACUAAUUUUGGUUUUGGAUUAGGAAUUGGUUUAUUUAAAGAAAUAAGAAGAUGAAGUUUGGGGCAGAUCUCAAAGCUAUAAUAUAUAUGGUAAGUAAUGAUUUGUUUAAUAGGAAUAGCUUUUAAUGGCAUCAUUUUAAACAAAUGAACUGCCUUGCAGAAGAAAACUAACUUUAUUUAAUUCAAUUUUUUUGAUCUAUUUAAAUGUAAUAGCACCUACUAGUGUUUAAUUUUCGGAAAUGUCAUUAGCACAGGUAAUGACAGGUAAUACUUUCGAAGAGUAUUCUGCUAAAUAACCAAUGUAAAAUCACAAGCAGUGUUUCACAUUUUUCUAGAUUUCUAUUAAACAAAGGUCACAUUUGUGAUUGAACAUGUCCUUGUGUAUGCUGGUUCAUUUUACGUUCUAUACAUCUUUAUCAUUUUCAUUUUAUUUACUAUGUAGUUUAUUUAUUGCCUUUUUUUUGUUUGUUUAACUGUAGCCAAUAGUGGAAGUUAGGCCUCUCCCAUAACUAGCAUUCGCACCACCUCACAACAAUGCUAGUUUGUGCAUUUGUGCCAUGCUGUUGUGGAAAGGUGAAAAAGAAGCCUACUGUUUUUCAUUCCAAAUGAAAAGAAACAGCAGUGGAUGGUUCUUUGACUAAUGUAGAAAUUCUAACUUGUAGGCCUAUUGACCUGUUCAAAACCAUAUCACUGCUCUACAGUCACUGCAUUGUGAAAUAACUUUCUUUUUAAGAAUAAAACACUCACUAAAAAGCUCAUUAAGGCAGUGAAGAUACAAUUCUAGUCCAUAUUGUAUUUAGUGCAAAACUGAAUUUGUACAGAAAGAAAAUCGACUGGCUUUUAGGGGCCAUCAUGUUUUAUAUGUUUGCACAGAAGAAUAUUGUUCACUCAGCAUUUCUGUACACUGCACGAAAAUAGGAAUUGACUAUUAAACCCCUAUAAGAAAACAA